AUGAACCUCUCCAGUCUUGUUCACGCCGGUAGAUAUCAAGCAGGACAACACUUUCACUAUUCUUCGCGACCGGAACAAGCGAUGGCUUCAUCGCUGAUAGCAAACCCGUACACUGUUCAGGCAAUGCCGCAAAGUCAAGGAUACAAAUAUGUGACUGCACCACAACCACCUCCUUCACCACCCGUGGACGAGACUUCCAAAUGCUCCUUGCCAUCAAUCUCAAGUCUACUUGGACUCACAGAGGGCCAAAGCCCACAAGAGCAAGCGCCACAAGCACAAGCACAAGUACAAGUACAAACACAAACACAGCAACAACCUCAACCUCAACCUUCUCAGCAACCAACAUCGCAAACUGUCAGUGAAUAUCGACCCGGGUCGAGUCAUCAACACUAUGGACCAUCUCCAGCCAUGAGCACGCGGGGCAUCCUUCCGCCCACCCCGCCAAUGCAGUCUGAAGCCGGCUUUGACGGGCGUCAAUCACCUUCAAACGGGUCGACUUCAGGAUACUCGGUAGCAUCUGCACCGGGUUACUACUUCACCCCGCCAUCAGUAUCAGUAUCGGCCAUUAACAACGUCGAGCCGCACGCUCAACGGCAACACGUUCAAACCAUGCCCCAGCGAAGGGUUUCCAUGCCAGCGGCAACUAUGGCGUACAGUCAAACACCAUUCAAUGGCCAAUACGCCAUGUCCCCUAGUCAGCAAUCCAUGAGCUCGUACUAUUCAAGUCCCAUGCAGCCAACACCACCCCAAUCGCAAAUAUCAGGCCUCUACUACCAAAGACCUCUUCCUCAGCAAUUCCCACCACCAUUAAUGCCCGUUUCAGUGACGCUCACUCCCUCAUCAGGAGCAAACCCAUGGCAACACCACCACUACAUCUCGCCAUCCUCUGCAGCAUCAUUCCCGCAGUCGCAAGACCGCUACAUCUGCCAAACCUGCAACAAAGCUUUCUCCAGGCCGUCCAGCUUAAGGAUUCACUCCCAUUCGCAUACGGGCGAGAAACCCUUCAAGUGCCCUCACCAGGGAUGUGGCAAGGCGUUUAGUGUCAGGAGUAACAUGAAGAGGCACGAGCGAGGCUGUCACAGCUUUGAGGGCGGUGCUAUGGUAUGA